AUGUGGCAGCCGCCGGCGCCAUGGGUUGUGCGGCGGCUACGCAGCUGCUCGCGAUACUUGCCGACCCCAUGUAUACGCUCAUUUGCGCCACCACGCUCGGCUCUGUUCUCACCAUCUUCAUUACGACUGAAUGUUGCCGAGGCUCUACGUGAGACGGCGCAAGGCUCGCAUGUCUGGGAGCUUGCAAAGGCAAAGAGCAUCGACGCCGGCAGAUUCGCCUGUGCUCUGCAUAUACUGCGUGCACUCGCUCUAAACCACACCUUUGUCGAGAUAGCGCCGAGUGUCUUUCCACACAACACGGCUAGCUCACACCUCGAUACGGACAAGAAGGCCGAGGGGUUGCGUCAGAGCCCAGGGUUUACCUCUUCGGGUGAACUUGACAAGACGGCCUUCAACGCCGCAUUCAUAAUCAGCCUCGCGGGGCUGGCCGGGGCAGCUGGAGAAGGAGACAUCGUUGGCGAGGGUCACGAAGGGGAUGGAAGCUCGCAAGCGCGUCGUGCCCCAGAUGCGAUCUUCAGGGGAUACGACUGGGAGAAGCUUGAGAAGGACGCUAUCGUAGUCGAUCUUGGAGGCAUAGUGGGGACGCAGAGCAAGAAAGUCUUGAAGAAACCCCCUGGGUUGAAGACCAUCAUGCAGGAUCAAGAGCCCGUUAUCAAGGCUGCUGAGCAGGUACAACGUCUUGAGCAUCGAACGACGUCUUGA